AUGAAUGCUUCGGGUUCAUCAACUGCUAGAAGUUAUGAAUUCGGAGGCUUCUAUACUUCUCGGGGAAGUAAAAAUCGAGUAGUGGUAACACCUGAGCAAGUAACUCAACUAAAACAAGAGAUAACACAAAUGCAAGCAGAAAAGGUAUCACUUAAGUCAAAAAUUGUAAGAAUGCGACAAAUAAUCAACAAACAUGGCGUAAUGAUUAACAAUGUUCUCUCUGAGGGCAAAGAGAGACAAAAAUUACAAACUGCAACUCCUUCAGCGAUCCAACAUCUUUCAAAAACAAUUGAACAGUUCAAAAAUACAAAGAUUGCUCGUGCAAAAGUACUAAACGAUCUUAAAAAGAGUGAUCAAUAUUGGAAAUCUGUAGAAAUCGAGGGAGAAAUAAUUUCACUUUACCAAGAACAAGUUCGACUCGAGAAUGAAGUUAACAACAAUUGCAUCCAACUUACACAAGCAAAAACAAGAGUUGCAUCUGUUUUUGAUUUCAUUGGCUCUGCAAAUGAGAUGAAUGAAAAUAUAGACGAAUGCAAGUCUGCUAUAACGAGUCUAAACAAAAAGCUAGCAUCUUACAGGCGAGUUAAGCAGAAAAACCCAAAUCCUCUUCCAGAAUCUCAAAUUCGAAAGAAUAUAAGCAAUCUCAAGAUGAAAAUUGCUGUAGAAGAAGUUUCGACCAAGAAAACAGAAGAAAACGCUGAUCAAGCCAUUAGAGAUUUAGAUCAAAUAAUAGAUGAUAUGAUUGCUCGAAUUCGCGAUGCAAUAUCCAAAAAGGCUAUAUAG